UCCAAAGUACAACUAGUUCCGAGUGCAGAGACACAGGUCUGCGCGUGAGGCGGCUGGUCCAGGUGUGUGUUGGGGCUUCGUGUGGAGGUCGUGACCCCCGGAGGAGCUGCACGGUGCGACGAGCUGCUUUCUCCAGUGUGUGUGUUGCUCUGUGAGGUUGCAGGUGGUUGACGGCAUCGUGAUGAUGACGAUGCCACUGACUGCAUUGAGUUCACGUGAUUAUUCAUCAGCAUGGCGGAGAGGAAAGGAGAGCCGCUGCCCGAAGACGUCGGCACAGACGACUGUCUGACGUCGUACACGCACAUCUACAGUCCAGACUUGCUCAAAGAUCAGGUUGCUUUUAUUACAGGUGGUGGAUCUGGCAUUGGACUCCGGAUAGCUGAAAUCUUCAUGAGGCAUGGCUGCGACACGGUGAUUGCAAGCCGGAACUUGGACAAGCUCAAAGAGGCAGCUAAGAAGCUGUGUGCAGCGUCAGGGCGCCGCUGCCUCCCGCUGUGUCUGGACGUGAGGCGGCCGGAGAGCAUCGCCGCCGCCGUGGACGAGACGCUGAAGGAACUGGGACGCAUAGACAUCCUCGUGAACAAUGCUGCUGGAAAUUUCCUCUGCCCGGCUAGCUCCCUCUCCUUCAAUGCCUUCAAGACCGUCCUGGAGAUCGACACGAUGGGCACCUUCAACACCAGCAAGGUGGUUUAUGAGAAGUGGUUCCAGGCGCACGGCGGCAACAUCGUGAACAUCUCAGCGACGCUCGGGUACAGGGGCCAGGGCCUCCAGGUGCAUGCUGGCUCUGCGAAGGCUGCAAAUGAUGCCAUGACCAAGCACCUGGCGGUGGAGUGGGGGCCCAGUGGGGUGAGGGUGAACACUGUGGCUCCAGGUCCCGUCUCCGGCACGGAGGGCUUCCGCAGACUCGGCGGCCCCACAGCGGAGCUUGUGGGUGCGUUCCGGUCCAUCCCUCUGCAGCGGGCCGGCAACAAGACGGAGAUGGCCCACUGCACCCUGUUCCUGGCCAGCCGGGCCUCCUCCUAUGUGACCGGAGCCAUCCUGGUGGCGGACGGCGGGUCGUGGCUGACCUCGGCCAACGACGUCUCCAUGCUGUUGGGUUAUUGGUCAUCUGAAAAGAAAGUAGACAAAUAAAUACUGAAAACAAACGAGUAUUUUAGGCCUUCUGUAGAACUUAUGCUACAGGUUCAGUAUUGGUGGUUUAUCGCCCAGUUGCUUCCAGCGUGUCUUACUAAGUGGCAGGAGGAGUUGAACAUUAAUGUACUGUAUACUUACUGUAUUAUGUGCUUAGAAUCAUACUAAUGGAUCAAUUUAAAGAAGAAUUUGGGGAUUGUUCAGCCAUUACACUGCUGUGUAUUGUCAUCAUGCAUUUCAUGUAUAAUUAUGUUAAUCACAUACCAUUUAAUUUGAUUUUCAAUACCUCAUUUAUUAAUAAAAUCGUGUAUAAUUACA